CAAGACUUCCUCGUUUUGCAAACAUGACUUUGCAAGAAAGCGACGAUUUCGAAAGGUUUUUGAGUAAUGUAGACCAGAUAAGUGAACUGGUAAAAGAGUUAAAUUCCAGCGAUGUGUCAUGCCAAGAGAAAGCUGUUGAGAAAACAGACCAAUUUAUUGCAUCCCUGGAGCGGGAGAAACCAUGUCAAACCAAAAUCAAUAAGACAAUUAUAAACGCAUAUCCCUCAUCUGAAAAUAGGCCACUGUAUGUCCAGUGUAUAUCAAGCCAAAAUCCAGAGAGUUUCAUGAGGAUAUUAGAAAAAGAUGCAGAGGAGAGAAGACAGAGGAGAGAGAUGAAGGUGGAAAAGGCCAAUUCACUGAGGGAGAAAGGGAAUGAGGCUUUCACUCAAGGUGACUAUGAAACGGCUGUCAAGUUUUAUACAGAAGGGCUGGACCAGCUGCGUGACAUGCAGACACUCUACACAAACAGAGCUCAGGCCUUUAUUAAGCUGAAGAGAUAUAAGGAGGCCAUAAGUGACUGUGAGUGGGCUCUGAGGUGCAAUGAGAAGUGUAUUAAAGCGUAUAUACACAUGGGGAAAUCAUACCUAGCACUCAGAAAUUUCCCAGAGUCCAGAAUGUGCUAUCAAAAGAUUUUGGAGAUAGAGCCACAACAGGAUAGCAUGGUCAAAGCUUAUCUGACCCAAGUGGAUUUGGAAGAAAAGGUGGCUCUCCAGGAAAAGGCAGCAUGGAAAGAGCUACAGGAGGGAACUGAGCAGGCCACAGCGAUACCAGAGCUGCUGAAAAAGCUUGACAGACCAAAUGAAAUCAAUCUAUACUACUUUGGGGGAGUGGAGCUGCUCACACAGGCUAUUAAAAACUGUACUGGGCAGACGUUAUUCAGAUUAAACAAUGGCUUCAGUAUCAUUAAUGGCAAUAACAUUGUAAGAAGCUGUCUCUCACAGAAUUUUAAAGAUCCAUGUGCAGUGGAUCUAUGCGUGUCUGUCCUGAGACUAUGGAGGGCAGUUUGCAGUGGAAAUGAGCAGAACCAGCAGCUGUUGAUUGAGUGUCCCAAUGCUAGAGAGUACAUUGUCCAAAUGUUGGCAUCACCAGUACUUGAAAUACACAGGGAAUGCCUGGAAUUGCUCAGCAUGUACUCACAUACUCAGGAUGGAAGAGACCUGCUUCUAGACAACCUGAAUUUAUACCAAAUGGCAGAGAACCUGAUGGGCUGCGUCUGCCAUGAUACGAGCUUUGCCUCUGCGCUGACAGUUCUGGAGAACUUGACUGCAGAAAAUAAAUUUAAGAUUCAAUCAAGGGAGAAUUUCACAGCAGUUUUUGCCCUUCCUUUUGAGCAUCUUCUGUCAAACAUUGUGACAGCCAACCCCAAGAUACUAGCUUCCUUAAUUUCUGUGAUUGGGUGCAUGGCUCUGGAUGAUGUCAUUGGAAAGAAAAUGGCAAGCCGUGAAGAAUUUUGGAGAUGCUCUCUCCAAGCUAUGGAGCAGUGCAGUGGCUGUGAAUGUAGAAGUGUCCUUUAUCCCCUCUUGGGUCUGAUGAUCAACUUAGGCUCAAAUCCCUCUCAAGUUGUACAGAAACAUGCUGUUCUGACCAGCAGCAGGUGCCUGGGCUUGCUGAGUGAUCCCCAUGGAGGCAUCAUCACAAGAGCUGCAGGUUUGCUAAGUGUCCUCCUUCCGGAGUCUCUUUCUGCCACUCAAGAAGUCGUGGAGAAAGGAAUAGUGAAGAGACUGCUGAAGAUUCUGAAGGGAGGAGGAGAGAUGAGCUCCAGAUACUCCAUUAAAGCCCUGACAGUGUGCACUGCCUCUAUCCCACCAGCCUGUGAGGAGAUGGUUAAGCUUGACAAGAGUCUGCGCACUUUGAGAAAACUUCUGGGCAGUACUGAUGAGGUGGUGGUGGGGAAUGCAGCUCUGUGUAUGGGGCAUUGCUUAGGAGUGGAUGGAGCUGCCACUAGCCUCCUUGACACAGACUGUGUAUUGCUGCUGCUACGCCAUGCUGCCAGCAACACCAAGAGAGCAGCCGUUCAGCAGAAUGCUGCCAUCACCCUUGGGAAGCUAUGCAAAAAAGAGCCCAGAUCUGCAGUAUAAAGACUUUGGGGUCAUUCAGACAGAAUGCGUCCUUGUACAGCACCAUGGAUAGAGCAGAACGCAAGUUUCUCAAAGCAGAUUUUUCUUAAAAGUCAUUUUAACUUGACACUGCACCUGAAAAACGCGGUGCUCCUACACGAGACACUGAAAAACAGCGUAACGUGGCACAACUGCAAAAGACGCAUGUCUAGCGCAUAAUAACAUUAAAAAACUGUUGACACUUCAACUUUUAAAAAUACAUCUUGAGACAACUGCAUUCUGCUUUAUUCGUUGCAAGGCCUCUAGCUUUUUUUUAAAGCAAGCACGGAUUCAGUCUGAAUGGCCCCUAAAACUAAAUGAUGAUCACUGGGAAAACUAAAAUGUUUAGAAAAUGCUAUGACCCUUUUAAACCAAUAUGAUUCAGAUAUAAACAUUCAUUUAGGAGUAUUUGCAAUGUGCUUGCAUUAUCACAGUUCAAUAAAAUUCUGUAAAACUGUAAAAUUCAUAAUAUUGCUCUUUAUUUUACAGCUGUUAUCAAGUAUGCUUACGGAUGUGACAGUCAUUUGUUUUUAAUUUAUGAAGGUGCUUUCUCUGUGUC